UAUCAUUGCAGCCCAACUCACGAGUUGGCUUGACUCACGCAGUUUUUUUUCGCUAAUCUCCGGUUCUCCUCCAACCCCUCGCUUCGACAUCUUCACCAAGUUUUACCUAUCUGAUCUCAUCUCAGCGAAGUCCUCCAUAGCAAGCUCUUGAUAUAGUGUUCAUGCGUUUUCACCGGGCUUUGAUCGGGUUUUCUUUUGCUGCGGGAGGUCUGGAGGAAAAUGAUGCACUGGCUCAGAGUUCAGUAGCCACUUCGUGGUUUCAAGGAUCGGCUUUCUUUAUCCAUUCCCGUUCAAAAGUUUGGUCAUCCUGAAAGGGUUGUCUGUUUGGCUCAAGAAUGUAGUAUUUCCUGCUGAUGUUGCCUAUUGCUUAUUAAUGAACGAAGAUUGGACCCUCUGCUAAAAAUGUCCCCUGCUGUGGAGCGCAGAGAGUACUCCAGGCAGCAUUCACCAGACAGGUCAGAUUCAGUGGUCAGAAGACGUCAUUCCCCUCACAGAGGAAGCUCUCCAAGGGGUGAGCGGUUUCCUCCUCCGGGAACUAGUUCUCCAUAUAGAAACAAUUAUUCAAAGAGGGGGAGAUCGCCCGUGAAAGAAAAGCUACCUGAUCGCGUUAGGUCACCAAAACAAACCAGGCAAAAGUCUCAUUCAAGUUCGCCUUCUCCUCGCACGAAAAGGCUAAGAAGAGUUCAAGCCGACAGGGAGACCCAAAAGUUGGCGGAAAGAGAGCAUGGUAAAAACUCUAGCAGGGAAGAACAAGACAAGGGGAGACACCGAGAACGUGGGGAGGGCAGGGAUGGUCCAAGUGAGAGAAGGUCUGGGCAAGAAAGCCACGAUGAUGGAUCUUCUAGAUCUUCAAGGCGCGAUGGUGCUGUCUUUACCGAGCGUAGCCACAGUAGAAGACAUAGUUCACGCUCCCCUCUCAGGGCGUCAAAGGCUGCUGCUCGUGAUGAGGUAUCAAUGUCUAGAGAAAUCGAGCAAUAUGGAAAUGAUGAUUUUGACACUCUUUCCAAGAUGAAGGCUACUGAGGAUGUGUUGGAAGCAAAAGAUAAGGAUAAGCAAAAACCAUCUUUCGAGCUUUCUGGGAAGCUUGCUGAGGAAACUAAUCGAGUACGAGGGAUAACUCUACUGUUCAAUGAACCACCAGAUGCUUGCAAGCCAGAUAUAAGAUGGCGAUUAUAUGUUUUCAAGGCCGGUGAAGUGCUUAAUGAGCCUUUAUAUGUGCACCGUCAAAGUUGUUACCUUUUUGGGAGAGAAAGGAGGGUUGCAGACAUCCCUACUGACCAUCCUUCUUGCAGCAAACAGCAUGCUGUUCUUCAAUACAGAAGCGUAGACAAAGAGCAAGCGGAUGGGUUAAUGUCAAAGCAAGUAAGGCCUUAUCUCAUGGAUCUUGGAAGCACUAACGCCGGGAGUAUGUUAUGCUUCACGAGAACUCAGCUGGCUGAAUGGCAUCGAGACCAUGCGCCUGCGGCCAUUCACGUUGGUUUUAUUUACUCAAGCCUUUGCUCUCCUUUUCUUGAAUUUUCUGUUCUGUGAUGAUGACUUUGGAUGAUUGGAAUUCCUUGUUGAUUCGUUUCAAUUAUUAUCAGCAUUUCUGUAGCAUAUUUUGUUUGAGAUCCUCAGGACUCACAAUUUAUUAGCCAAAUGAUGUUUGUGAGAGAAUAUGUCAUCGUUCUGCUCCAGUUUUUAUCAAAGCUUCCAUUGUGUUUGGAAA